GUUGACUCUGUAGGUAAGAAUGUUUUUGACGGUUGUUGGUAAGAAAAGAUAAACGAACACAUUUAUAAAGUCAGUACUGUCCCCGAAUAUUACGCACAGAAAAAGGAGCUGAAAUGGAAACCAGCCUGUCCAGACUCCUUGUUGGACUCUCUGUAAAAAUCAUUCGCAGUGAUGGCCGUGUGCAUCUGGCAGUGGUGAAGUCCGCGGAUGUUGUCAAGUCCAUAGUUAUGGUUGAAUGGAAUGAAAGAAAGAUCUGCCGAGGAAAGGAGGUUGAUUUGAGUGAGCUAUGUUCACUCAAUCCAGAGCUUUUGGACCACAUAAAGAAUGUCACCAACAAUGUCGCCAACAAUGCCGCCAACAAUGCAACCGAGCCACCCCCUCCCGCUCCAGACAAGAAGUAUGAGGGUCGACUGCGCUCAUCCAGGAUUCCUGCCCCUUUCUCCUCCCCUGCAGUCACCAAUGCUGAAGAGUCAGUUGCCAAUCGGUCUCAGACCCGGCAGACGGGCGUUUUCCAGGCUCAGGCCCCGCCUCCUGUUCUCGCACCAGUCCCGACCUCUGAGUCUACUGAGGCAAACCUGGAAACGGUUCACGUUGAUCUCCACUCUUCAUCAGUCUUCACACACCCUGCACCUGUUCGUCAACGUAGGAAGAAUGAGGCUAAACCAGCAGAGACCCCGUCCAUUGCCCGAGAGUCGAUAAAGGAAAAUGAACCAGAGAGAAUGCCUCCUCCGCCUGCAGUCAAAUGCAGAAGAAAGUCUGUGGCUCCCCCAGAGAUGCACAAAGGAAGCAAAAGGCUGUCUUGUGUUGCAAAGCCUCCCGACAUCCAGCCAAAGCGGGGAAAGUUUGGAGAAGUUUAUAAGGCAAACCACAAGUUCUCUGAGAUGAUCCAAGACUUCAGAGAGACGUUGGAAAUCACCCCCUUGUCAACUAAUGACCAGAUUGAACCUCACAGGAUUUGUGUGUGCGUUCGCAAGCGACCCUUCAACAAACCAGAAAUGAACAGGAAGGAGAUAGAUGUGGUGUCUAUACCUGGGAAAGGUGUACUGCUGGUCCAUGAGCCAAAACAGAAGGUGGACCUCACCAAGUACUUGGACAACCAAGUCUUCCACUUCGACUACUCCUUUAAUGAGACCGCCACCAACGACCUGGUCUACAAGUUCACAGCCAAACCUUUGGUGCAGUCCAUUUUUGAAGGUGGCAUGGCAACAUGUUUCGCAUACGGCCAGACUGGAAGCGGGAAGACUCAUACAAUGGGAGGUGAUUUCAUAGGGAAGCAGCAGAACAAUGCCAAAGGAAUCUACGCAUUGGCAGCUCAGGAUGUUUUCACCCAUAUAAACCACAAGAGGUAUGCCAACCUGGAACUCUCUGUUUAUGUCAGCUUCUUCGAGAUUUACAAUGGAAAAGUGUAUGACCUACUCAAUAAGAAGACCAAGCUCCGUGUCCUGGAGGAUGAACGGCAGCAGGUUCAGGUGGUGGGCCUGGAGGAGGUCUAUGUGUCUUCAUCAGAAGAGGUCAUCAAGUUGAUCCAGAUGGGCAGUUCCUGCAGAACAUCAGGCCAGACCUCAGCCAACACCAAUUCAUCCCGCUCUCACGCCAUCCUUCAGAUUGCGCUACGGCGCAGUGACCGUGCGACCUCGCUGCACGGAAAAUUUUCUCUGGUUGAUUUGGCCGGGAAUGAGCGCGGCACUGACGUCAGCAGCAAUGAUCGAGGCACUUUGGUGGAGACUGCCGAGAUCAACCGCAGCCUGCUGGCUCUCAAGGAGUGUAUUCGUUCACUGGGAAUGAAUAGCGAUCACAUUCCUUUCCGGAUGAGCACUUUGACAAAAGUGCUCAGGGAUUCCUUUAUUGGAGUGAAAUCCAGGACCUGCAUGAUUGCAAUGGUAUCUCCAGGCAUGACUUCCUGUGAAUACACAAUGAACACACUGCGUUAUGCUGACAGAGUGAAGGAACUGAAAGGCAAUUCCAAGGCCAACGAAGCAGUGCAGGCACAAGAGCCUUUAGAAAGUUCCACAGAGGAGGAAUCUUUUGUGGAUACCAGUGUGUACGAUUCCAUUUCCCGUGUGGCAGAGCUGGAGGAGAAGGUUUACGGACAGUUCCAGAAAGCCAAUGAAUUCUACAAUGCAAUGGGGAAAAGCGCUUACAAUAUCGAAGAAGGACUUCCAGACUUGGUGGACUAUGCCAAGACAUUCUUUGAAACGGUACAGGCUUUGCAAACUGCUAUCAAUGAGGAGAGAAUGGCAAGGGAAAGCUACUAAGAAGAAUCCAUGGACCCACUCAGUGUGUUUUUAUUGAAAAUGUCUGUUUUGAAGCAGCUGAUUUUAAAUGUUAAAUAAAUACAACUUUAUCCAAACACUAAUUGAAAGUGAUUUUUCUAGUAAGAAAUCACUUGGGGAACUUGUCAUUUUUAUUAGUGGAUGCAUUGCUUUGUGCUGUGGGAGUUUCCAUUUCUUUCUAAGAAUGAAUGUUGAAGUAGUUGAAUAUUCAAUGUUGGUUGUGGGGGGUGAUAAAGUAUGUCUCAAUAUUGUAUACAGAUUUAUAACAACCAUAGCUUGGAUAUGUUUGCAGGAAAAUGAAAUAAAAACUUUCUUGUGCAUCCUUA